AUGGACAGGCUCGGUGGCGACAAGCCGAAUGCUGACAACAGCGUUCUCAUGUUGGCAGCAGCGAACCCGAGUCAGCAGGCUUACGGCUUCUUCUGCAUUCUGCUCCGUAACCCGAACCUCUCGGUGAACCUCCAGGACUACGAGUCGGGGUACACGGCGCUCCACCGUGCGCUCUAUGCCGGCAACAUCCGCGCCGCCCGCGACCUGCUCGCGCGCCACGACAUUGAUGUCUCUGUCAAGGAUUCGGAGGGCUUGACGCCCUUUGACCUUUUCAACGGCACUGUCGACGGUACGAACCCCGGCGCCGAGGAGACGGGCACCGAUCUCUUCACCUGGGGCGUGAACCGCAACUAUGCGCUCGGCACUCCGGACUCGAGCGAUAAGGCGUUCCCGGACCGGAUCAACCUGCUCACGCAACGGCAAGCGAGUGACAACCCCGACCCCGCGCAACGAUUCUUCAACGUCGGCGUCAAGGACAUCAAGAUGGGCAAGCUGCACACGGCUGUCGUCACGACCGAGGCGCGCGGCAACCUCAGCCUGUGUGGCUUCGGCAGCGGCGGCCGAUUAGGUCGCUCGUUGCACAGCCAGCUCGCUCUCGUCCCGCUUCCCGAUCUCCCGCACACUAUCGUCGACAUUGCGCUCGGCCAGGACCACACGCUCGCGCUCACAUCGGGUGGUUACAUUCUGUCAUGGGGCAACAACCGAUUCGGCCAGCUGGGCUACGUGAUUGACGCCCCGGAGACGCCGAACCCAUUUGCGAAAGAUGGGGACGAGCUAAUCCAGACGUCGCCGAAACGCAUCAUCGGAUCGCUGAAGAAGGAGUGGGUGCGUGGUGUUGCUGCUGGCCGCAUGAGCAGUGCGUGCUGGACCGCCGACGGCUUGUAUACAUGGGGCACAAACCUGGGCCACCUUGGAUACGAGAAGGCGGGCACGCCUCUGCAGAUGGUUCCCCGCCGUGUGACGGCGAUCACGCAGCCAGUCAUUGAUGUUGCGCUGUCCGACUAUGCGAUGCUGGUACUCUUGGACAGCAACGAGGUGCUCUGCUUCCACCACGACACACACUUCAAGAUCAACUUCAGCAACCCACCCAAGUCGCUCAAGGCACCCAAGAAUCCGGGGCAGGUCACUCUCGACCCGAACAUCUGCAAGGUCACAAGCUGCGGACAGACGUUCGCGACGCUCUCCAAGAAGGGCGACGUGUGCACGUUCACCCUGCCGCACCCCUCGGAGGAGGCGACCAAGGACGUACGCGACAGGCACGUCAUCGUCAAGCCGCAGGUUCAAUGGGCACUGCGGCGCAAUUUCACCGCCGUGAAGGACAUGGCGCUCGGCUCGGAUGGGACAAUGAUCGUCUGCACGCACUCGGGUCACGUUUUCGUGCGACAGCGGAGCAAGGCUGGGUCAGGACAGCUCAAAUUCAAGCGCAUCCCGUACUUACAGCGUAUCAUCAAGGUUGCCGCGAACGAGAGCGGAGCCUUUGCCGCCAUCCGCGUCGACGCGCGUCCCACCCCGAUCCUGCUCAAGGGCAAUGUACUCGAGGAAGACAUGUUCCUCCUCCAGCCGCACUUCAGGCGGUUCGAGAGCCAGAUGACGGCCGAGGACUUUGAGCAGAAGAUUGCCCCGAAGCACGACGAGGACGACGAAGAGGAGGCGGUCAACACGGUACAGCGCGACACCGAGGUUGCGGUGCACAUGUGCCAGAUUCUCGGCCGGUGGCAGGCGUCCAACAACGACAGCCUCUUUGCCUGGUCUGAAUCGCUUCUCGGAUCAGACAUCACGGUCAAUGUCGGCGACUUUGCGAUCCCCGCGCACAGCGUUAUUCUGUCCCUUCGCUCGCCUGCGCUCGCCAAGGUGCUGAAGGGCAAAGCUCUCCCUGGCCUGCGAUUCGAGAACGGCGCACUACACAUGGACGUGUGUCACCCCCUCGUCGCUUUCUUGCUUCUGCAGUACCUGUACUCGGACGACGUGGCGACGGUGUGGGACAACCGGGUCGCCACGAUCAUCAACACGCGGUUCAAGGAUCUCGCGAUUCCGGUUGGCAACGUCAAAGAUGACCUGCGGCGGAUAGCGGAAGUGCUCGAGCUGUCUCCUCUGCUUCCCGUGCUCUCGCUUGGCUCCAAGUCUGAGAUCACGCAGCGAACUCUGGCGCGGGACCUGGCCUCGUUCUUCUCACAGACGUUCAACCCGCCGUCUCUUAAGUGCGAUGUCGUCGUGGCACUCGCCGACCGCGAAGUGGCGGCGCAGAGUGUGCUGCUCCGGGCGCGUUGUCCGUUCUUCGAAGCCUUCUUCGCGGACCAGGACUGGACUCUCGCUCGUCGCGAGGAUGGGAAGGUGGUCAUUCACAUGGAGCACUUGCGCUGGCGGCCGAUGAGGCUCGUGUUUCAGUUCAUGCACGAGGGGGUUGAGGACGACCUGUUCGACUACCUGCACCAGGAGACUCUGGAUGAGUUCCUCGACUUUGUGUUCGAGGUCCUGGCCGCCGCGACGGAACUGCUCAUGGACCGCCUCGUGCUCGUAUGCUCCCGGGUUAUUGCGCGGCACUGCAACCCAUACAACGCGGCUGCGCUGGCGACCGAGGCUUCGUUCUACCAGGCCAACACGCUCAAGAGGAGUGUGUUCGACUACAUUGUGUCUUGCAUGGAGACCAUGCUCGAGUCUGGGCUUCUGGACGACAUGGACGAGGACGUUCUCCGUGAUCUUUCGUCCGUCAUUGCGACAAAGCAGGAGGAUAAGAGCUUCAUCCCCCGUAGCGGUAUCCUUGUCUCGGAGCUCAUGGCGAAACAUCGCGACUGGCUGCUGCUACAGGACAUCCCUCUGCCUCGGGUCCGCGCACCGCAGAAGUGGAAGCCGCGCUCGCCUGUUGUGCAGCCGAUGCGGAGCCCGCAGAUUGCUCCCCGCUCGCCUGGUGCGACACCAGACUUCAAGCCGCUCUCGAGCACCAACGACGAGAUUUUCAGCAUGGAUGAGGACCAGCCGAGCCCACCGACACCGUCCACGCCAGCACGUCCCGGUACCUCUGGCAGGCCAAUGACACCGUUGACGCUCCCCGCAGGGAGCAGCAAGGCGCCGGUGUGGAAGAGCCGGACUGUGCAGCAGGAGAAGGUGGAUCUGCGGAACAUUAUGGCCGAGACAGCUGCGAGCCGGACGCCGCGCAGCAUCCCCGGUACACCCGCCGUGCGGCCGGGUGCUUCGCCCCAGCUUGGCCCUACACCAGUGCGGAGCGGCGGCUCGCCAUGGGCAGCUGUCCAGGCGCCGCGCACGUCGCUGUCUUCAGUUCAGGCGCAGCAAUCGUCGCCCUCGAGUCCAGGGUUUGCUGGACCUGCGCGCGCCAGUCCAUCCAGUUCGUCUCUCGCCCGCCCACCUGCGACACCAGCUACCCCGCGUGCAGCUCCAAAGCCCGCAAGCAACUCUCCCUCCACAUCCCGCCUCAUCAACCCCGUCAAGAUGUCGCCUUCCGCUGCCGCGGCCUCAGCCCAACCUAGAAGGUCAGGAAACGGUCCAGCCUGGAGCACGCCGAGUUUCGCACCAGUCAGCCCGCCCACGGUCAGCAGCGCGACACAAGGUCUCUCCCUCCUCGCGAUCCAACAGCAGGAGGAGCAAGCUGCGGCCGAACGCAACCUCGUCCGCGCGCCUAAGAGCUUCGCAGAGAUUCAGGCUGAAGAGGCGGCCGCUCAGGCAAGAGUGGCAGCGGAGCGGGCGCAGGAGGAGGAAUUCGCCCGAUGGUGGGCGCAGGAACAGCAACGCAUGGGUGUUCAGGAUUCCAAUGCCAAUGGAGGAGAACGCGGCGCCGGCGCCGGUGGCCGUGGAAGGGGAAGGGGACAGCAGCGUCGCGUCCCCCGCAACCGAGGCAAGGCCAACGGAGAAAAGGCUGCAGAGGUUGACCCUAAGGACGCAAGGAUCGAUGGGCCGCAAGGCGGAGAGGGACCUAGCGGUAGUGGUAGAAACGCUGGAGGAGGUGGUGGAAGAGGGAAGAAGGGCAAGCGCGGCGGCGGCGGAGGCUCCGGUGCUGGUUCUGGUGCUGCACCAGCACCGGUCAACGGUGAGGCCGCUGGUCCGUCCGGAGGAGGCGGCGGCAAUAGACGCCCACGCAAGCCCAGAGAGCCCAAGGAGAAGGAAGCCAAGUCAUAA